UCCCAUUCCGAACCAACACUGCCAUUCGUAUUUAAGCAAUCAACACCUGUUCAGUUCUUUUGCGAAAGUAACGGAGGUUCCCUAAAACAAAAGAAAAAGAAAAAGAAAAAAAAACGAAAGCCAAACCCGAAAAGACCCAAUUUGGUUAUGUCGCAGAGAACUAGACGACGCUGCGAGGGCACAGCCAUGGGUGCCAUCGUUCUCGACCUCCGACCCGGUCUCGGUAUCGGACCUUUCUCUCUCGGGAUGCCAAUAUGUGAAGCAUUUGCUCAGAUAGAGCAGCAGCCUAAUAUCUAUGACGUUGUUCACGUGAAGUACUUUGAUGAGGAGCCGCUGAAACUGGAUCUUGUUAUUAGCUUUCCAGAUCAUGGUUUUCAUCUUCGUUUUGAUCCUUGGUCUCAGAGGCUAAGGCUUAUUGAAAUUUUUGAUGUAAAACGGCUUCAAAUGCGCUAUGCUACUUCUCUGAUUGGGGGACCAUCCACUCUAGCUACUUUUGUAGCUGUAUAUGCACUUUUUGGGCCAACCUUUCCUGGAAUUUAUGACAAAGUUAGAGGUGUUUACAAUCUAUUUUACCCAGGCCUAUCCUUUGCUUUUCCAAUUCCUAGCCAGUAUACAGAUUGCUGCCAUGAUGGGGAAGCGGAAUUGCCAUUAGAGUUUCCGGAUGGCACCACACCUGUGACUUGCCGUGUCUCCAUAUAUGAUAGUUCUACAGACAAGAAAGUUGGUGUAGGAUCCUUAAUGGACAAGGCUUAUGCUCCUCCAUUACCUGCUGGCAGUCUUUACAUGGAAGAGGUGCAUGUUAAGCUUGGAGAAGAAUUGUAUUUCACUGUUGGUGGCCAACAUAUUCCUUUCGGUGCGUCCCCACAGGAUGUGUGGACUGAAUUAGGCCGUCCUUGUGGAAUUCAUCAAAAGCAGGUAGAUCAAAUGGUUAUUCACUCUGCAUCAGACCCUCGUCCACGGACAACACUUUGUGGUGAUUAUUUCUACAAUUAUUUUACCCGUGGUUUGGACAUCUUAUUUGAUGGGCAGGUAACAACUUUUAGUUUUUGGGUUCUAGUGAUAUGUGCAAUCAUGAUACCAUGCACGAUGACCUUUGCACUUAGGAAUUAUAAUAUCAGUGUUUUGUAUUUGCAGACCCAUAAAAUCAAGAAGUUUGUUUUGCACACAAACUAUCCUGGUCAUGCAGACUUCAAUUCAUAUAUAAAGUGCAAUUUUGUUAUAUUUGGUUCGGACUUUGAGGGUUCUUUUGAGGAAGUAAAUAGCAGUGGACACAGGAUUACACCAAGCACCAAGUGGGAGCAAGUGAAGGAAAUCCUUGGUGACUGUGGGCGAGCUGCCAUCCAAACACAAGGUUCUACUAGCAAUCCUUUUGGAUCUACAUUUGUGUAUGGUUAUCAAAAUGUUGCAUUUGAGGUGAUGAAGAAUGGCUAUAUUGCAACUGUAACUCUCUUCCAAUCAUGAGUAUAGUGUCUGGUUUGUUCAAAUUGGAUGCUGACACAUCACGAGGAGUAGGUGGGAUAUGUACAUUCAAUUGGUGCUGAAGCAGCAAAUACUCUAUGUAACUUCACCAUGGCACGGGACACUUUGUACAGUUAUUUAUUAAUUUGUACAGAAACGUUUAUAUUGUGCUAAUAUUUAUUUGACUUGGUAAUUGUUCAAAGAAAAGAUGCAAAGACAAACUGCCACUUUUCAUUUUAUAGAAUGUACAUUUCAUAUCUCAGUUUAGGCA